GACCUUUUUUUUCUCUUGUUCCCGAUACAGCCCAGAAAACCCAUGUUAUUUUCCUUGAUUUUCUUCCAUAUUUUCUGACUUUUCCUUCGAUUUUACCUUCUGGGAUUUCUGGGUUUCGAUCAAGACUCCACCUUUUGCGGAAAAAUGGCGAAUGGGGUAGAGAGAGACUGUGGGUUGGUGCUGUUUAGCGACGAUGAGCUGAGAGAGAUGAGCGGGGUGAAGAGAGGUCCGGACCAUAUGGAGGUCACGUGCGGCUGCACCAGCCACAGAUAUGGCGAUGCUGUUGGGAGGCUUAGGGUUUUCGUUAAUGGAGACCUCGAAAUCACCUGCGAGUGCACCCCUGGCUGUCAGGAAGGAAAACUGACUCCUGCUGCAUUUGAAAAGCAUUCUGGAAGAGAGACUGCUAGGAAAUGGAAAAAUAAUGUUUGGGUGAUUGAUAACGGGAAGAAGGUUCCGCUGUGUAAAACGGUGCUGCUCAAGUACCAUAACGAGGCAUCAAAAAGUGCUAAUGGUUCCCACAGAUCCAACAAUGGACGUGUUUGUCACCAUGAUGAGUUUGUUUCCUGUACUAGGUGCAACAAGGAGCGCAGGUUUCGCCUCCGGACAAAAGAGGAAUGUCGGGUUUACCAUGAUGCUUUGGCUGAUGUGAAUUGGAAAUGUGCUGAUCUGCCGUAUGACAAAAUAACAUGUGAUGAUGAAGAAGAACGAGCAAGUCGAAGGGUAUAUAGAGGCUGCAGCCGUUCUCCGACAUGCCAAGGCUGUACUUCUUGUGUGUGCUUUGGCUGCGAAAUCUGUCGUUUCUCGGAUUGCAGCUGCCAGACCUGCACUGACUUCACAAGGAAUGCUAAAACUUGAAUAAUAUCCCUGCAGUCCUGCUAUUCCCUUUUGAUCAUAUGGGUUACUUGUACCCAUAUCGCCUCAUUGAAAGCAACCCCCUACCCCUCCCCGUUCCCCACAUUGGAAAAAAAAGGCAGCUUCCAAUGACAAUUUCCCGAGUUAAUGUCUCUUGUUCUCUUGACUGAUUUAGAACCUUCUAAUUUGAUAAUUUAUUCUCAUGCUUA